CGCCUCCGUGGGAAGGAGGUAUCGAGUGGCUGCUGCUCUGCCGGAGGAAAAAUUUUCAUUCCGAAAUGAAUUAUGGAAAUCCUCCACCUUACUCGGACCCAGGCCCAACUGCCCCAUAUCCACCAUAUCCACAGCAACCUCAAGGAUAUCCUUCUUCUGGGCCUUAUCCUCCUGGGCCUCCAGGACCGUAUCCACCCCCUAAUGCAGGGUACCCAUACCAAGGCUAUCCACAAUAUUGCUGGCAGGGCGGACCCCCUCCAGAAGCUCCCCAAACCACAGUGUAUGUGGUGGAAGACCAAAGAAGGGAUGACUCAGACCAAACUACCUGCCUCACAGCUUGCUGGACUGCUCUCUGUUGCUGUUGCCUUUGGGACAUGCUCACUUGACCAGCCU